ACUCAUAUAAAUUUUCCCUAAGUCUUUUCAUCUUUGCAAGCUACAACCUGUAGUGUUUGAGAACAGAGAGAGGCAAAGUUGUUAGCCAGCUAAAGGAGGAGCGAAAACGGUCUCCUCCCCUCUAUGUUGCCAUAGCAGCAUCUUAGCUUGUUUCCGAAGGCGAGAGGUGCUGCAGUUGACUGCCUUUUUGUGAGAUUAUUAACUACAUUGUGGAGGAUAACAAAACUAAAGAAGAAUGGAAGAAGAUAGUCCGGAAGACUUACCUCUUUCUCCAAAAGUUUGGAAUCCUGAGGUAACUGUGUUGGUGACAGGCCAACCACCUAGUGCUGUAGAAGAAGAAGAAGAGGAAGAAUCAACUAAUGUAGUAGAUAUAGAAGUCAUCCCAGAAAUCAGAGAGCCACUUUCCCUUCUAGAGGUGCUGAGACUCUCUGCAGUUCUGGAGGAUACCCUUGACCAACUUUCUAUUCUAAACUAUAUCAUGCCAGUUCACUAUGAAAGAAAACAAAGCACUAGCAUGAAUAUCAGUAGCCUAGAAAAAUCUCUGCUGGUCUCUACAAACAAAAUAUCUACUCCAGUCUCAACUAAAGAAAAACCCACAUUGCCAGAAAUACCGCAAGGAGGUCAAUUUUCCAUGGAGUUUAACAGAAUGCAGGAUCUUGUCUUUAAACAACCUACAAUGCAGUCCAUAAUGUCUACAGAGAUAAUGAAGAAAAUUCAGAUUGAUAGGAUGUUUUUCAGUGAUGUGAUUGAAAAUACCAUGCAGGAGUUACAAGAUUCAGGCACUUUCACAACUCUCCUGCAAACCUUGAACAAAGAAAGGGAAAAAAAAAUGCAUUUCUAUGAUAUCAUUGCCAGGGAGGAAAAAGGAAGAAAACAGAUAAAAUCCCUUCAAAAACAGCUGAGUAAUGUCAAAAAAGAACGGCAAGCUGAAGUACAGAGACGGAAUGAAUAUAUUGCUCACCUCAAAGACCAAUUGCAAGAGAUGAAGGCAAAAACCAACUUGGAGAAUCUCUACAUGAAAAAAAACACUGAGCUUCAGAUUUCCCAGACCCAGAAAAAAUGUAACAAAACAGAGGAACUCUUGUUGGAAGAGAUUGAGAAAUUAAGAAUGAAAACUGAAGAAGAGAACCGAAUUCAUAUGGAGAUUGAAAUGUUCCUUAGAAAAGAGCAACAGAAACUUGAGGAGAAACUGGAAUUCUGGAUGGAAAAAUUUGAUAAAGACACAGAAAUGAAACAGAAUGAAUUAAAUGCUCUCAAGGCUGCAAAGGCCAGUGACUUAACACACCUUCAAGACCUAGCGAAGAUGAUAAGGGAAUAUGAACAGGUCAUCAUUGAAGAUCGUAUAGAAAAGGAGAAGACCAGGAAGAAGAUAGAACAGGAUGAAUUGGAAUUGAGGAGUGCCAUAAAGCUCCAGGCAUGGUGGCGAGGCACUGUGGUAAGGAGGGAAAUUGGAAGUUUCAAAAUGCCUAAAGACAAAGAUGAUAGCAAGGAUGCAAAAGGUAAAGGUAAAGGUAAAGGUAAAGGUAAAGGUAAAGACAAGGACAAACGAAGAGGCAAGAAGUGAAUAAGCCACCUUUUAUCCCUUCCUGUGAUGUUCUGGAGAUGAGAAGGAAGACUUGGCCAUCACAAAUACUUCACUACAGGUUGUUUAUGCAGAUAUAAACAACAGUUUAUGCAGAUUGCCAGAUGAUUUCACUUUGUAUUAGUUUUCAAUCUGUGAAUUAGCUAUUGAAUUUGUGUUUCUUCAUAUUUUGAUUUUGAUGUGAAGAACAGUUUUGAGUAGACUUGUAAAGAUCUUGGUCUUCUCACCAGAAAAGAGUUCUUGGGCUUGGUUACAGUGAUGCAUUAAAACUUCAGUAAUUCCUGUAA